AUGGAUAUCGAAAAUUAAAUAAGCGAUGAUUCAAAAACAUAUGAUGACAUGGUUGAGAUGGCCGUGUUAAAUUAAUCUGAAAUUCUAAAAAAUGUAUCAACUCGUUACAAGCAAGAUAAAAUAUUUACAUUGAUAGGACCUACUUUAAUUGUGAUGAAUCCAUAUAAAUAAAUAAGCAAUUUAUUUGAUGAUUAAGUAAUGCAGAUGAUAUCUGAAUAGGCUAAAUAAAAACAGGAAAUGAUCAAUUUAUAGUAAUCAUCUAAGGAAUAUCCUCAUAUCUAUUCAAUUUCUGCUUCAGCAUAUGAAAGUGUUUUCAAGAGUAACAUCAAUUAAGCUAUAGUGAUCAGUGGUGAAUCAGGAGCAGGUAAAACAGAAAAUGCUAAAUAUGCUAUGAGAUAUCUUACAUAGCUUUCAACGAAAAAAAAUAAUUAAGAAGAAGUAUUUUAAAGUAGGAAAAUUUCAGAUCCUAAUCGUAUUAGAGCAAGUAGUGUUUCCACAAAAACGAUUGAGCAGUAAAUUUUAUUUUGCAAUCCAAUUAUGGAGGCAUUUGGAAAUGCAAAAACAGCCAGAAAUAACAACUCUUCAAGAUUUGGUAAGUAUGUUUCGAUCCUUGUUGAGUGCACUACUUAAAAAAUCUUAGGUGCAUAAAUAUAAAAAUAUUUGCUUGAAAAAAGCAGAGUUACUCAUAUUGCAAAUUAAGAAAGAAAUUAUCACAUAUUUUAUCAUCUACUUUCUAACAAGAAGAUCGUAGAAGAUCUCCAAAUUUCAAGCAACCCUUCUGAUUAUAAUUUCUUAAAUUAAAGUGGAAUAUACACCGCUGAUUAAAUUAAUGAUUCUAAGCUUUUUUAAGAAGUUUAGAACAGCUUCUAGAGUAUGGGAUUUUUACCAGAUAAAAUAUUAACUAUAUGGUAAAUACUUGCCUCCAUAUUGCUGCUAGGAAAUAUUUAGUUUACACAAGAAGAAGAGGACAAGGUAGAGAUAAAAAAUAAGGAUGUCUUGACUCAUAUUUCUAAAUUACUUCUUUGUGAUGAGCAAUUAAUAUAAAAGGCUCUUACAAUAAAAAUUUUGGAGACAGGUAAAAAUUAAUUGGAAGUUCCAUUAAAAGAAAAUGAAUGUGUUGCUAUGAGAAAUUCUUUAAGCAAAAUCUUGUAUGAUAGAUUAUUCACAUGGCUUGUUUAAUAAUUAAAUUCUGCAAUUAAUCCACCUGCUUUAAAAUAAGUUAAAUCUCUUUCUAUUGGCUUAUUGGAUAUAUUUGGUUUUGAGAAUUUUUAGAUUAACAGCUUUGAAUAGCUAUGCAUCAAUUAUACAAAUGAAAGACUGUAGAAAUUAUAUAUAUCUUAUGUUUUCAUAUAAGAAGAGAAAAUUCUGAGGGAGGACGGAUUAGGGUAGUAUUUAAAUAAUUUAAGCUACUAGGAUAAUCAACCAGUAGUAGAUUUAAUUGAUUCUAAAGAAGGUAUUUUAGAGUUGCUUAAUGAUUAAUGUAAAAAUAAAGGAGGAACUGACAAGAAGUUUUUAGAAUCACUUAAAUCACUUUCAAAUAAAUUUGAGAAAAUAUAAUUCCCAAAGAUUCAAAAAUCCACAUUUAUUAUAAAACAUACAGCAACUGAUGUUGAAUAUUCAUCAGAAGAUUUUUGUGAUAAAAAUAAAGAUGAGGUUAGUAAACAAAUCGAAAGUUGCAUUAGACAGAGUAAAAAUUAGAUUGUUGUAUCUAUAUUUUCAAUAGAAGGAAAUGAAACCACAAAUUAAAUGUAGAAGGAUAAAUUUUUAGGUGAAAAAUUUAGAAAUUAAAUGAAUGACUUGAUGAAUGUUUUAAAUUCAUGCUAAGUUCACUUUGUGAGAUGCAUUAAGCCAAAUGAGACAAAAGAGAUGGAUAACUUCGUUGAAUAGUAUGUUGCUUAGCAAAUAUAAUAUCUAGGUGUUUUGGAAUCAAUUGAAGUUAGAAAGCAAAUGUAUCCCUUUAGAAAAACAUACUCUUAAUUUUAUGAGCUAUUUUAUCUAAUUGAUGAAUAACUUAGAAAAUCUGGUAAACCCAAAAAUAUUUCGUAGUCUUUCAAUUUCAGACAAAGCGUAGAGCAGCUAAUUCAAAGAAAUUUUCCUCAUUUUAAUUAGAAAGUUUGUUUGUACGGUAAUACUAAGAUUUAUUUAAAGGCAGAAAGUGAAAGAGAGUUAGAUUUUAAAAAAUAGUAAAUUUUAAAAUAAUUGCAUGAUCAAGCUGUGUUAUAAAUUUAAACAACAUCAACAAAAUUUUUCUAAGUUAAAAAAUGCAGUUUGCUUAAUUCUUUGAAAUCAUUUUCAAUAGAUUUUAGAUUAAAAUUUAGACUAAGGAAUAUCCUUAUUAUGGGAGAUAUAAAAAUAUCUAACACUAUCAAAAAAGCUUUUAUGACUUGGAAGUGUAUAAAAGAUAAACUAAAAGAAUAAGAAAUAGAGAACUAGAAAAAAUAAAAGUAAAAAUAGUAAGAAGAAGAGCUAAAGAGGAAGAAAAAAUAGAUAGAAGAUGAAGAAGAGAGAAAAAAUUAAUCUUUAAAGAAUGACGAAUAUUAUGAAGAAUAUGAAAAAAAUAUGGCAAAUUACAUUGCCUCAGAUUCAAAAUCAAACAUGCACUUGAUAAAUUAAUAGGAGACUGAAGAAGAAACACAAACCAAUUUAGGUGACACCAAACGAAAUUUGAUAUAUUAGCUAAAUGAAUGUAAUUACAAUGAUAACUUGUAUAAUAACAUGAGAUAAAAUAACUAAGACUCAUACUAUAGUAAUUCAAUGCUUGAUUAAUCGUCAAACUAUUAAAGUGUCAUAGAUCAAAGUUAUGCAAGCAUAACUGGAAUAAAACUACAUGAACAAGAAGAUUAAAAAAGAGUAAAUGAACUCAUUCAAAAAGAAGGAGGAUACGAUAAGCAGUCAGACAACCUUAUUUCUUAAUACACAAGUAUUGCUAAAUAUUACACUGGAAAAAAAGAAUUAACAGUUUCUCCUCCUAUAGAUGAAGAAUGCUAGAGCCCACCUUUAAUCUUGCAGAUACUUGAAAAGCAGCACUCCUAUUAAGAGCCCGCCUAAUAAGAUUAAAUUAAUGAUAUACUUUAUUUGUAAUUCAUAGAAAAAGAUGUUUCUAGAUCGAUAUUGGAUGAUUUUAAAAGAUUUGAAUUAGAUGAAUAUUUGAAACAAGUUUUGAAGAAGAGAUCAAAAAAUAUAUUCUAAACAAAGAAAGUAGAGGAAAUUAUGGUAGUGUCUCAUAAAUAACUUUCAAGUAGCUUAACAAAGCUAACAAAAGAGGAGGACAAAAAGGCAGUGGAAGUUUUUAAAGAUAUUCUCAAAUUAAUGCAAAAGAAAGACUAAAAAGAUAAUGAAUAGAUAGACAUAAUAAUAUAUUCAAUAUUAAAUAAUUGCAUGAAUACAAGUCUUAACUUCAAAGAUGAAAUUAUGUUAUAGAUGCUUAAAUAAAUAAACAAUAAUAAAUCCAAAACAGAAAUUAUCAGAGUUCUAUAGUUAAUGACAGCUUUCACUUACAUGUUUAAAGCAAGUUUAAAUACAAUUCACUGUGCUCUCUAAUUUCUAUAUACAAUAUUUAAUUCCUUAAAAUAAAAAUAAAUUGAUGAGUUCCAGUCUAAAUAAUUCCAAUACUUAAUCAACAAGCUUAUUAAAGAUAGAAAGAGAAAAUAAUCUGAAAAAAAAUACCUUUUAACAAGUUACUAGAUUCGUUACUUGAUAAACUUAAAAUAAAUUAUCUUUCCUCUGAUUCUCCCAAAUGGCUCACAGUACUGUAUAAACAUAGAUCCCACAUUUUAGAUAAGCGAUUUAAAACAGAGAGCUUUGGAUUUGAUGGAAAUACCUAAAAGAAUAAAUUAAGAACUGUUCGGUAUUUACAAGAUUUCAGAUUUAGCUGAUUCAUACGAAGAAAAACUAUUCUCAGAUACAGAAUAUGUAUGGGAUUUGAUCUCAGAGCUAGAAUGCAAAAAGCUAGCAUAUUAAAACUAAAAUAAGGUAUUUGACUCUUUUUUCCUACUUAAGGUAAAAUAUGGAUACAAGUUUAGCCCAUCAGAUGCUGUGUCAAUUUCUUACUUCUACUAACAAUCUAAGAUUGACAUCAUUUCAAAAAAAAUACUUUUAACAAGAGAAGAUAAUCUAAAGAUAUCUUGUCUGAAUAUUUAUAUAAAUUAUGAACCUUUAGUCGAAAAUAAUAUAGAUGAUAUCUAUCAAAAUUCUGAAAGUUUAAGUUAAGAAGAAAAGGAAAAAACAGCUUAAGAAAUAACAACUUUAUUCCAGCAAUUGCAACCUUACUUAAGAAACUAAUUAUAAGCUAAAUUAGAAUAUAUAUCUGUUCUUUCUAAAUAUGACGAAUACAUGGGGUGGAUUUUACGUAAUGUCACAGUAAAAUUAGACUAAAAGUCUUUUGCUGCUUCUAUCAAUAUAAAUCCUUUCAUAAUUGUUUUAAAUCCUAACGAAAAUAAAAAAGAGAAUAAAAUAAAAAUUCCCACUGACUGUAUUUCUAAUUAAUUUAUUGAAAAUGAAAGUUAUUUGAUUUUGAAAUUGAAAUAAUCACAGAAAAAAAAUUAAUAACCCUUACCUAAUAUGGUUAUACUUGAGACUCCAUUUGCUUAAUAAAUAUUUUCUUAUUUUAGUUAAUAUAUAGAGUUAAUUAAAGAAUAAUAUAAUGAAACUGAUGGUUAUCUUGUUAAUAACUGUGACGAUAAUCUUAAUGGUGAUGCUUAUGAAUCUUAAAAUGAAUCAAGUCCUUAAUAAGAAGAAUUUGCAACUUAGUACUACUGA